CUUUAAAAACAAUCUGUUCCCUGUUUUCAGACACACAUGACGACCGUCCGGCGGCCACGUUACGGCUCCGCGCUUUAAUGGUUAUCCUUCACCAUUUAACUUUUGCAUUUUCCAACCCCGUUUCAAACACUUCAGCUUCUUCGAAAGUGGUUUCUCUUUUCCCGGCAGACGUGCGGAUGAUUAAGUUUUGAAUGAAGUUCCCCCCGCUGGGGCUGUAAGCGGGAGGAGGGGGCAGUGUGCGGGGUCGUCCAGGCUAUCGGAUCUGAGAUCUGCUCACUUUUCUGAGCAGACAGACGUGCUGGGCGGACCGGCUCUAUCACACAGGAGGACGCAGACUUUCCAAACUUUUCACUUCUUUUCGCCGGACGGGAAAGUUCUGCAGUUAAAACAAAGUUUCGCUCCGGGACUGGACCUCUCUGCUUCAACUUCAAAAAAAAAACCCACUCUGGAAAUAUAACUCUCACAGACUCCUUCUGCUUCACCAUUUAAAUACGAGGACUUGUAACUUUUUCUUUAUUGAAGCAAGGCGGACAAAGUGUCUUCAAAAAUGGAUAAAUAUGAGGAUUUGGGACUGGAGGCGAGUAAGUUCAUCGAGGACUUAAACAUGUAUGAAGCGUCCAGAGAUGGUUUAUUUCGCACCAGGAGGGACGCAGGAAACAACCCAGACUUUGAGGAGACACGGAAAGUGUUUGCUUCGAAAAUGACAAAAAUACACAUGCAGAAGCACCAAGAGGAGAUGGCAAAAAACACCCAGGCUAUUAAAAUGAACGGGGGCCACAACAGCAACUAUUACACCAAAGACAGACCUCCUCUCAGCAGUCACAGACAGCCGGGGGAAGCUGCAGCGAAGCCCCCGAUACUCUCUGGCCCUGUGCCAGGUACCACGGCUGGGACUCAGUACGCACAGUUUGACGGUCAGAAACACCUCACAGGCAUUCAGUCUGAACUCCAAGCCAGCAGGGCGUUUGGCUACGGAAACAAUUACGAUAAUAAGGAGCGCUUAGAGCCACACUCAUACCAGAACAACAGUCCCACUCCGAGCAGCCCUGGAAGCCCUUCUCAUCACCUUUCUCCAACUUUGUCUGGUGGCAGCGUUUUAGCUCAGCAGCAGCCCCCCCAGCGACUGCCCGCACCCACCUCCACCAACAGCCUGCCACUUCAGCAGAAUCAGGCUGCCACCCAGCCUCCAAACAGGAGUCCAUACCCCUCUGCUGGUCCAGCCAGAGGAUGGUCCGAAGAGACCUCUGGCUCUGCCAAACCAGACCUCAUCCCUGCCCUGCCUCUGAGCGCCUUCACUGGAGGAGCUGACUUCAGCAAGCAGCAUGAGCCCUCCACACAGUCCGCUCCCUGCCACACACCGACUCCCCAAGCUGCCAGAACCUCCACCAGCCAAAAUGGCCCCGUUUCAAUCCCCUCGCUCCCACCUGUAACUUCUGAAACACCUCAGCCAAAGGCGCACGUGGCAUCUCCUGCCUUGAUCCCUGGAAAUGUGUCCAAAAGCUGUAGCAAAGUUCAAGGUCAGAACCAAGUGCCCAGCUUUGGACAGGCCACCAGUGCUACCGCUGAAAUCCUGUGCCCCCUUAAGCCUAUCCAAUUGUCUUCCCAGUCUCUCCUUUCGCAGCCCCCGGAGCAAGGGCCUUCAGCAGCUGAAAUCAAACUAGAAGCGCUCACCAAGCGGCUGGAGAAGGAGAUGGAUACCCAACCAAAGGCAGACUAUUUUGGAGUCUGUGUGAAGUGCAACAAGUCGGUGUAUGGAGCCAGCCAGGCCUGCCAGGCUAUGGGUAGCCUCUACCAUGACUCUUGCUUCACCUGCAGCGCAUGUAGUCGAAGGCUGAGAGGGAAAGCGUUCUACUAUGUGGGAGGGAAGGUUUUCUGUGAAGAGGACUUUCUGUACUCCGGUUUCCAGCAGUCUGCAGACAAGUGCAACGCAUGUGGACAUCUGAUCAUGGACAUGAUCCUGCAGGCCCUCGGGAAGUCGUACCACCCCGGCUGUUUCCGCUGUGUCAUCUGUAAUGAGAGCCUUGACGGAGUGCCCUUCACAGUGGACACUGAAAAUAAGAUCUACUGUCUCAAAGACUACCACAGGGUCCUGGCCCCUAAAUGUGCAGCCUGUAACCAGCCCAUCCUGCCGUCAGAGGGGUCUGAUGAAACCAUACGAGUUGUAUCCAUGGACAAAGACUAUCAUGUGGAAUGCUAUCACUGUGAGGAGUGUAAGAUGGAGCUGAACGACGAGGAGGGUCACCGCUGCUACCCUCUAAAUGGUCACCUCUUCUGCCACUCCUGCCAUCUGAAGAACAUAGAGCCUGGCUGCUCCUCUUCCACAUCAUCCUCCUCCUUCUGAUCCCUGCUGUGUGUGGAGGGAGGGAGACACCUGGUGGAUUAGUGGAGGAACUUCAAUAGAGUGAUUGACAGCAGGGGCAGACAUUUUUACAAUUCUUGUUGUAGAGGAUUGGUUAAUAUGAUAGAUCAGAUGUUGCUGUGCUUUUGUGUUUAUUUUUACAUUAAUGUUAAUGAAGUUUCCAUUAUGCCUAAAGAGGUUUUGAAUUAAGUUUUGUUAUAUACCAAAGCCCUUCUUUGAAAACAUUGCUUACUUUGGCUGCAGACUUUGCAAUAGUGUUGGCAUAUCAUUUUUUUCAAAUGUCAAAAACACUUUCAUUCAUUUAGCAAACAUUGUAUAGUCAACUCAUUGAACAUACAGGGUACCUCCAACCUUAUGUUCACAUUUCUGCUGUGGAAUUACAGUUCAAAUUGAUCCAUGAAAGAUCCGUCCAAAGCGUCUGAUAGGGAUUAUAAAUCCACUUCGGAAAGUGACACAAAUCCCAGCUGCCUGAUGUCUUUUUUGAUUUGCAAGAGGAAAAUAAAGGUCAUAUCAUAGAAUACAAUAAGAAACAUGAAAUAUUUACCACAAAAUGUUCUGGAUGCUGAUGCUAAUUGUGCCUCCACAUGAAAUGAUAACAGUUAGUGUAUACUGUAUUUUCCUGUGAGAAAUAUACACAAAAAAAUGGUAACAGAUAUUUUAAUCAUAAAGGUUGCUUUAACCAAAUCUGUAUUCUAAAAUCCCUUUUCUCCAUGUAUCAUUUGAAAAUUCCUGUAUGCAAUAAAAUAUAAAAUACUUUUACACAACCAUUCCAUUAAAAACAAUGAACAGUGCCUUAAUCCUGCAGGUUAACAUGCUUUUGUGCUCUUAGGGCACAACAUUUAAAACUUAUUUUAUGCAACAUUGGAGAGCUGUAAUGCAAUCAACAGCCAUUAUUCUUUACAUGCAGUUUGUUGUUGGCACUAAGAGUUAGACCUGAGAGCUCUCUAUGCAUCUAUGAAGGGAUUCAUAUUAGGCCUGUGGUUCUAUGUAUAUUGUUACAUUUACAAAGAUUGUUUAUUUUUUAAAAAGUAGAUAUAUUAUAGACCUGUACUCGUUCUUUUUUUCCGACUGAGCAAACAGUACUCAUGUAUGUGCAGUGUUAAUUACACUUUUGAUUGCUGACUUUGAUAUCUAUAUGUUAUUCAUGUGUUGGAUUAGCCUAGUACUAAAGUUGCUUGUGUCAGCUGAGGUUAAUUUUCAUAGCUGACCCUAAGGUUAAGAUGAAGAGCAAACAUGCAUUUGUGUCGUAUGAUUAAUGUAAAGACAAUAUUUAAUAAAUUCAUUUCAAUUGGC